CUUCUUUGAUGCACCAAAAUCCACUGUUUUUCUGUUCUUUUGCAUUUUAGAAACAGCCCCUUUUGGUUCAUUCUACUCCAGCUAUGUUGCAGGACGUCGGCCGCCGCUCUGUGUCGGAGAAAAUCCUCCCCAUUGAAGAAAUCUCGAGUCCGAUCAAUGCACAAAUGUUUGAUUUCUGUGACCCCGAGCUGUUCUCGACGCUUCAGAACUCCGAGUUCAAUUCUGGCUCGAAUUGUUGUUACGACAAGAAUUCAUCAUGUGUUACCAAUGUGUCUCAUUCUCCAGAAACAGAUAACAAUGGCAAUGGCAAUGGCAAUACCGUUACGACGGCGGCGGCUGCGUCGUUUAUACCUGUUAACGACGCAUCGGCCGCUACAACUAACAUAGCAGCCAACAGUAUCUUUGAUUCCAAAGAAGAACUUGACAAUGACAUCUCUGCUUCCAUAGACUUCUCUCCAUCAGCUUCCUUUUCAAUCCCUCAAUAUCUCAGCAGCAUCCAUCCAGGCCAGUUUGAUGUUCCUCAAGUGCAGUCCCAGCUACCAUUAGUAGAUCCCAUGACUGAGGGGCUUAUGCAGUGUCCUAUGCCUCCCGUUGCAACUCUCCUCGACAACGAUCUACCGUCGAUCUACGUCGACGAUUGCUUGUCUUCCUUGACAUCCUACAUGCCACUGAACCCUUCUUCCCCAUCGUGCUCGUUUGUUGGAGCAACCAUGACAAACUACCUGCCUGCUGCAUCGGUGAACCCCGCUGCAUCGUCGGUCGAAAGCUGUGGAAUGUUCUCUCUACUCGGAACGGAAUUGCAACCGCAUGACCUCGAUUAUCAGGGAGACAACUGUGGAGCCUACAGCCAAGACUAUAUGCAAGGGACUUUCCAUCCACCAGACCUUCAGGUGGUAAACAAUGAGAAGAUACAAGUGGGAGGUGGAGGUGGGGCAAUGAAGUGCACAGGCAUAGCAUCAGAGCUCUCAAGCUUGAAGGACAGUAGCUUCAAAGUGGGAAAGCUGUCAGUGGAAGAGAGGAAGGAGAAGAUUCAUAGGUACAUAAAGAAAAGGAACGAGAGGAAUUUCAGCAAGAAAAUAAAGUAUGCGUGUCGGAAAACGCUAGCAGAUAGCCGACCACGGGUUCGGGGACGGUUCGCAAAGAACGACGAAUUGGCAGAGACUCAAAGGGCAGGUGGUAGCAACCAUGAAAGAGAAGAAGAAGUAAAGGUAGUGGUGAAGGAAGAAGAUAGCUUGGUUGAUUCCUCUGAUAUCUUUGCUCAUAUCACUGGUGUCAACUCCUUCAAAUGCAGCUAUCCAAUCCAGUCAUGGAUUUGAUUAUUAAAAAUUAAAUAAAAUCAUUAAAAAAUAAUAAUAAUAA